AUGGAGCAACGACGUUUGUCUGUUGCCCGUAACUAUGUUCAUAACUUUUUCAACAACCAUCAGGUACGAAAUAUUUGAAUUUCCUGUAUUUUUUUCCUCCAGGUCAAUAUUAUCACUACCGGCGCUAUAAUCUUGUUCUUUGUCUACGUUUCUUUAAUUGCAAUUUUCGGACAGAACAUUGGCAAGUUUACCGACGAUCUAACGAUAAAAUAGCUGAUUCCAGUACAUCCAUUCCAAGACGUAACUCAGUCGGCUUUGGAUUUGGAAAAUGCCUCAAACGACAUCGUUCACUCGACAAUGUCCGUUUUCCUGAUGGUCGUAGCCUCCUUGGCUGUUGGAAAAAUGUUCGACAUGAUCUAUCUACCUCCCCUUUUAGGUACCAAGUAGCUUAUUCGUAAAAACAAAAAACCUUUUAGGUGCUCUAUUGGUGGGAAUCGCCGUGAGGAACGUUCCUGCACUUUUUUCUGUUGUCUACGUCAAUGAUUACUGGGAAUUUAUGCUCAGAAAAAUAACGCUGGUCAAUAUAAUCAUUCGCUGGGGACUUUCGGUCGAUGUCAAUUUCAUCAGACAAAAUCUAGUAAGUGGAAAAUUUUCGAAAACUUGAAAUUGAGGUUUAUUAAGAAAACCAAAAUGGCCUUGAUAAAGGUCUCGAAACGCAUAAAGUGAAAAGAAUAAGAAUGAAAGCAGUAUCUAGCUCAAUUUAAUACGUUUCUACCGUCGCAAGAACUGUUAUUUAUAACUUUUUCAAAUCGAUGCUCUAUUGAAUUAUAUUUAGUUGAAACUAGGAAGGGAAGAAAAUAGACUGAUAACAAACAAACUGCGUAAAAUGAAAAUCAAAAUUGGGAAUAUUCUGUAGUGAAAUUACCGAUUAAAAACACGCCUUUGUCCUAACUCGCUUGAAGAGUCGUUUUCAAAAUCAAAAAUUCAGACAUGAAAAGUAGUGAAGAAAUAGAGAAGACUGGAUAAACUUGAACAAGGGCUCUCGGUUUUUUUUUUGAGAACAAGCAUUUCACGAAUUUUGUCGAAUUGGAAAAAAGUUAUUCGAGAAAGUAAAACCAAAAAGAUGAAUUUUUAUCUGCAUCAUUUUUCUCAGAUGCACGCCUCGAAAAAUGUCUCAUACAGUGCCAGUUUCUGACGAAAAUACUGAAGCAAUCUUAAAAACUUCAAUGAAUUUUUCCCUCACACUAGAGGGAAUACAGUAUUAAAAGCCUACCGAAAUGUUUCAAAACCAAUGCCUGAACUUUUUGAUACUUUUUUUAAAAAAAUGUCACAAAUAAAAAGUCAAUAACCCAUGGAAAUUAUCAUUGAAAAUUGAACGGUGCAAAGCAAAACACCAAAAUUUAGCUUCUGAAGUAUAUUUCCUAUGAGCGAGUGACUCUUUCCGAAUUUUGAAGCACUCAUUUUCCGGCUCAAUUUCUUGGCUCAUUUAUCCGGGCCUAUUUUUCAAAGCCCUUCUUCCAAAGACCCAAUUUCCCCAUCAAAACUGAAGAAAAUGCGUUUGUUUUGAGAAAAAACAGAGGGGAACCUCCAGCUUUAUGAAAAACUAUGCCGAAAACGGUAAGAAAAGAAUCAGAAAUAAGAUGAGCCUGUUAUCACCAGUCGCAGAAAAAAUUAUUGAACUUAUUUAGAUAGAAGGGUAUCCGAACCAGUAUUGACUGAUGAGUUCCAAAAAGAAUCGAGUUUAGAAUACAAUUUGAGAGCAUCUUAUCAAAAGAACUGAGCAAUGAACUAGCUAGAGUGUCCGAAAAUGAGAGAUAAGGCUCUGGGUGGUAUGCAUAAGGCGUGUCGAUUUUCGAUGUGGGCGGGCGGAAGGUGGAACCUCAGAGAAACGUGCUAAGAAGGCUGAGCAAAGAGGAGGGGCCAGUACCGUAGGUUUUAAGGCUAAAAAGGCCGAAAUAUAGUUCAAAAUAAUGAAAAGAGAAACCAAAAUUUUUGUUUUCUCUCAGGAAUUUCAGAAGUUAGGGUAUCCUAGUAGUUUAAUAAAAAUAAAGAAACAAUAAUAUACCAUGGAAGAAUAUUGAGUAUCGUGACUUAGCUCCGUUUUCACACUGUCGCCGGGUAAAGGUAGAAUUUACAUUUUUUAACAACGACGAAGAACAGCUUUUCAGAAAAUUGUUUGAUUAGAGUUUGAAAAGCUCAGUUUUUCUCCGUUGGAGCUGUUGAAAUUCAGGGUGGCAGACUCUCUGAGAACGUUUUAUCGAGACGAAUUUUCCACAUUUUGAGCUAGAAUAUUUUCCACUCAGAAAAUGAGAAUUUUCUAGCUUGAUCACAAAAAAACCAAAAUUCUCCUUCCUUUGUACUUGCUUAAAUUUUUCCGUUUUUUCAUUCAAUGAAUAAACAUUCAAUUUUUUUAUUUUUUUAUUUUUUUGAGAAUUUAGAAAUAUCAUCAAAACUUCUGAAAUAGUAAUUCUGACCCCAAAAAAAUAAAAAAAAUAGUAAUACGAAGCCUUCAUUUUUUUUUUUGGUAUGAGUUGCCUCAGGACUUUUAAAAAUCAAGGCAGAUACUCUCAAAGAGCUUUUGAGGUUGUUGAAGCUUUUUAAAUAAUGAAAUUUUCAAAAAAUGAUUAAUGGUUACCUUGAACUCCGUUGCGCAUUUUAAUCUUCGAAAUGGUUUCUAAAAUAGCCCACUGAAUCGCAACUUAAUGCAGCAUUUUUGAUCCAUUGAAAAACUGAAGCGAUUAGUAUUUGAUCCAUGGAUUGUUAAAGUUUUCUAUAAGUUGAUGAUAGGAUUUGGAUGACUUGCUGAAUGUCAGCUCUCAAAAAUGAUUGAAUUCUUGAAUUUCUUUUCUGAUAUCUAAUUUCCUUAUACUUGAUUCAAUAAUGGUUUGAACAAACUUUUCAAACAACUUUCAAAAAGAGAUCAUCCAAAAGGUAACUCCGAGAAAAAGAAACUUGUGAUUGGUCGAAAUGCCGCUAGUUUUUUGAAUCAGCCAGCCGCAAAAGGGUUUUGAUAUUUUAUGAACUUUGCCAUAGUUUUCCAACAACAUAAAAGAAGUUAGAAAACAAAAUGUUGAAGCUCCUUGAGCUGGAAAAUGGAAUGUGAGUAACAACUUUGACAUUUUAUCGAAAGUUAGGCAGGAACAACAAAAACAUCAGGAAGAAAAACUGAGUUCUGGUGUUUGAUACAACAGUAACGAUGUUUGCGCUCAUAAGUUGAUUCAUCGCUUGCUCCAAAUGAGUUUUCAAUAAGAGGAUUCUUUCAAUAAAAUGAGCAAAAUAAGUCAAAAAAAGUUUAUGAAAAAAAUUCAUUCAACUUGGACUUUAAUUAUUUCUGAAAAAUCAGCUCAAUAAUUUUUUUAUUGAAUCAAAUUGAAAGAGUCUAAAUCCAAACAACUUCCGAGCUCAAAAAUGACGGGCUCAAAAUUUUUUUAGGGUGCUAACUCCAAAUCAAAAAAAUUUUUAAGAUCAUAAAAUGUUACGUGCGUUCUUUGUAAAUUUUUCAUUGUACUGUCUUUCUUCGCUAGUUGUGAGUGGAGCAUAGAAAAUAACAACCCAAAACCAGUUUAUUUAUUCAAAACUUUUAUUCAGUAAAACAAGCUUGCUCAAAAAUAUGGACGGAUUAUCUCUCUAACUUGUUCAGAAAGUGAGGAAAUAUUAAAUUUUAAAGCACUUCGCACUACGCACAGAAAAUAAUCUGAACCUAAUAGCCAAUUUUUCUCUGUAUUUUACACCUCGCGGUCAGUCUCCCUUUAUAGAUACCAAAAAUCAAGACGUAAGAUAAUACGUUCAAGCGUUACGUGCGCGAUUUGCGUAAGGAGUGUGCAAUUAAAAUGAUGAAUUGAAGAUUUGUAGCAGGUGUGAAAUUUGAGGGGAAAAAUCUCACGAAAUGUCUGUGAAGCGCCUACGUGAUGACACAUGAAAUUACAGGUUUUCUCAUCUGUUUUGGGCAUCACUUCGGCGACUUUCGAAGCAAUUGUCAUCUCGCUUCUGGCGAUUUUUCUGUAUGACAUGUCACCCGGAAUGGCAAUUAUUGCCGGGUUCGUUGAAAACUACAGUCACGAGGCGAUGAAUGGAAACAAAUUGAUACCUCAUAUUAUCCCGAGUGUCUCUUAUUUCGUUGAGCUGAAAUUUUCGAGUUGAACUUGAAAAAAGUUAUGGGACCGGUUUCAAUUCAAGUACGAGUAGCUUCUAUAAAAAAUUUCUGAAAAAACUGGAACUCCAGAGGAUGUUUUUCAGUGCAAUUCGGCUUCUUUCCAAAGACUCCGAGUCAAAAAAAUUUUAUCAGAACUUCGCCAUAAUAAAAAAAAAGUUCAAACAAAAAAAGAAUGGAGCAACUGAAAUGAUUACAACGUCAAUUCAAAAUUAUUCUCUCUAAACUUUUCUAAGCUUCGAAAGAAUGAAACUUGAAGAUACAGAAUGACACGCUUGUAAGAAAAGGUAAAUGUCAAGCGUAAAAAUUGGCUUUCUUUUUUUGCUUCAAAAAAAGCACUUUCAGCUUCCUUCUGGCUACAGUAUCUCCAGCAAUCACUGGACCUGUUAUGGCCAAACUACGCGCCAUGAAAAUUGGAUGCGAAAAAGUUGAAAAAAGCGAUUUUAUUCAAAAAUACAUUUUUUCCAGAAAAUAACGUACUUUGUACCGGCGGCCAGUUGUUUCGACAAUAUUUUUUCGAUUUUUGUUUUUUCUCUGACAUCGUCUCUGGUUUUCACUCGCGGUGAGCUUUUUAGUGUUGGUUGACUUCAAUGAGGAUUUUCUUCGAAAAAAAGGGAAGUUUUAUUCUUUGCUUCAAAAGGAAUCGAGACGUGUAUGCCUUGAUUUUUGAAAACUCUGGCCGGUUUUCGUUCAUUUUCUUUCAAGGAGAAAGUAGCUGGAGAAAAAAAAAACAACGGUUGAGCUCUGAAAGUUGGCGAAUGGCAGAAUCUUCUAGAAAAAAAAAAAUUGAAACGAUUUUUAGGUCUUCUUCUACCAGCUCUGAUAUCAACCAUAGGAGCGAUCGUUCUUGGCGCCAUGGUCGGCCUUUUUUUGGGUAUUCUUUCAAAACCUUUCAGACGAUAACAGACUUCAGGAUUCGUCAUGACUUGGUUUCCACGAAACGAUUCGAGUCAUACUCAGUUCGCGAGAAUAUUUUUGCUGGGCUCCGUCUCUCACGGAGUGAUUCUUAGUGGGAAAACUUGUCUUCUACGUUGUUUAGGAGCAUGACUAAUCUGGAUUCAGGCAUGGUGGUCCUAGGCUACGCUUUCCCAGGCAUUGUCUGCACGCUCAUUUUUUGCAUUAUUGCCGGCACGAAGUGGAGAAAUGACAACCAAAAGAAGGUUUUUUUCCGACUCUCAAGCACUGAUUAAUUGUGUGAAGCAGCCAAUUUUUUGCCGUUGUUUCCCGCCUACAGAAUGAGCUUGUGAACUUCUAUAUCUCAUUAUUUUCGUGGGCGGAGGCAAUGAAAUGAACAAGUUUUUUGUUCAGUUUGAGGGGAAAAGCAUUUUCAUUCACUUUGUUCUGUUGGUCGCAAAGUUAUCAGCUCAUUUUUUGAUUAGAUGGGGUUGCAAAGAGUGAAGAGCAAAGUUGAGGGGUGAAUUGAGUUAGAAAUCGAGGAUCGAAUUAGGUAAGAGCACUUCAAACAGUAUAAUAAGCAUUACAGAUUACCGUGAGAAAGUAUUUCACUGAAAAAAAAAUAGGAAAUCGCUUGAUCAUUGUUUUUCACCUAUAAAACGAAUAGAAAUCUUUUUUUUAGCCUAUGAUUGAUCCUAAAAACUCUUUGGAAAGAGGGGUUUCGACAUUUUCCGGCUUUCUCUGAAAAAUGUGGGUAUACUUUCUUCAGGUACCUCACAGGGGUUAGGAGACUUUUUUUUUCUACUAUUUUGAAAUGAAUUCAAAAUCUAUCAUCAUCCAAAGUCUGAGCACUUUCCCAGUUGAAGGAAUGGAAAGUGAAAUCGGCUACUCCUUCCUCUAAUGCUGCGAAGGUUGAUUGGCAAGGGUCACAAUUUUCCACGCGUUUUUAUUCAGCGACUUUCCUCGAAAUUAUCAGUGCCCCAUCACUCGUUUCAUUCAAGAGGCUUCACUUGAAUAAAGCUCUACGCGCUAAGUGCCCGUUUAAGUCCAGCGGAUGCUCCACAUCGCCAAAGAAACGGAACGAAACCCUGGAAAAUACGCCGAUCACCCGUCCUUUGAAAUUAUGACGCUUUCGUCCAGAAAGUCACCCGCCCCAGCAAGAGAGUCACUUCCGAUAGACGUGCACUUUAAGAAUGGCUGAUACGAAGCUCUUACAGAAUGUAUUUACUUACCUCAACUGCCACUUCCAUACGUAAUUUCCCCGAAUUUAAAGUCUACGUCAAGUUUGUAGCUAACAAUUGCGAAUGACUCUAUGACAGAUUUAUAUUUCGGUUUCUGUUCCGUUAAAGACUCAAAAAAAGAAAUAUCAGAACAAAUGGAACUAUCAAAAGUCUCAUAACAUGAACUUUGCAAACAGUCCAGUUUUUUGUUUUAACUUCUUUGACUUCAGAUGUAUAUAGUCUAAUGUUUAGUAUUUCCUACUGCAAAAUGCGAUCUCCUAUGACAUUAGAAAUCUUUUGAUUUUCUGUUUUUUGAAAUAUCCCUUGAGAAACAAAUGUAUCUCAAAGUUAAAAAUUUCGAGCCAUACAAGAAUAAUGAAAGAUUCUCGUGGAGUAUUUUCCUGAAGAACCAAAAAAAACCUCGACACUUAUUUUCUUCAAAACCCGAUAGCCCAACAGUCUAACCAAUCUUUUCGAAUAAAUUUUACAAGAAUCUCGAUAUAAAGGUCUUUUUCUAUUCAGAUUGACGUUGUUGCUCACUCUUACGACGUCCUGUGGAAAUGUGUUUCGUCACCGAUCCUCUUCAUGUUAGUCGGCUACAAAUUCAACCUAGACAACGUAAGAGCAAGAACAAAUUCAUGGUCAUUAUGAAAAAAAUGUGUCUUCCGAACAAAGAAAAUACAAACCUUGAAAAAGCGUACUAAGUUGUUUGAAUAAUUAUAUAACCUAUCUGAUGCUUACUCACACAAUUCUCUUAUCGGACUGCAAAGAAUGUAGUAGCAUUUUUGCCCAGAGAAGUCUCGGAUUCUUCCUUGUUCAUGUUUUCCGUAAAAUUGUAUCUCCUGCAGUUUUAAGAGAUCGGAGCACAUUUAUAAGAAAGCAGGUUUGAAGAUAGUUCAAGCACAAUGAACCAAACUCCGGAAAAAAGUCUUACUUUUCAGCUGUCGUGGUACGAGCUCAAGAUGACGCUGACUCUGGUUAUUGUCGGGGCUUUUGUCCGUUUCUUCACAGCCAUGGCACUUGCCGCCUGCGGAAACUUUCGAAUUUCCGAACAAUUCGUCCUUGCUCUAUCUCUCGUGCCAAAAGCCACUGUUCAAGUAAAUAAUUUUUUAGGCAGGAAAAACAUGAAGUUAUCUUCUGUGAAAUCAAGAUUUUAGGUCAACCUAUAAACUUAUAUAUUUACUGAGGCAACAAUUCGUUCUAGCCAAAAAUAUUGAGACAUCCAUCCAACUCUUAUUGAGGAGAGAUUGGAAGUAUGUAGUGAAAUCCUCAAAAUACGGUAGUUUCCUAAAAAAAAAAAUGCCCGAUGCAAAAUUACCGCAAAGUUCUGAGAAAACGCGUUCGAUUCUGAAGCUAUUCAAGUUUGUCAGAUUUUAAGUUGAUACUAUUCAGAGAAGUUUUUCCAGAUUUCAGAAGGUAAGAGUAUGUUUUAAAAAAUGUUUAGUUUAUCAUGAGCAGAUUCUGAUUAGUGUUUACCAUGCGCGUCUAAGCAGGUGCAGUCAUUUAUGUUAACUGUCGAUAACGAAUAGAUACGAACUCGAAAAAAAAGUCUCUAGUUUCCAUUUUUCAGUGCGCUCUGGGCCCUUCACUACUCCUCUCUGCACAGAAGUUUCCCGAAUAUGCGGAAAAUAUCAAAGUGGUAGGCUUUUAUCUUUCCAGCUCACAUCAUGCUUAGAAACAAGAAUGGUAUCGGGCGUUUGUUCCAAGCUCUUCCUAUCGUUAACCAUUUCAAAAUGAUAACAGAAAGUCAAAAAUUAAACAAGACAGCUAUCUAGUGAGCCUAAUCGUCCGGUGUAGUAUGUGGACCAGGAAUUCACGAUUCUAGGAAAAAUGUGGCCUCAUUCAGAUAAGAAUGUCUAGGCUCUCUUGAAAGGUGCCUUCGAAGGGCCUAUUCCUAUUCAAAGCGCCUUGCAAGCUUUUUUCGUAAUCUUAUCGAGCUUCAUCGAGGUCCUGUUUAGAUAAUGGUAUCGAUUCUUCUUAAACAUAUUGUUUUUGAAGCAAUAAGAGUAAACUUCUCGUAGGAGACAAACAAUUAUGGGGAGAUUAACUUUUCACAGUGCAACGCAACGCGAACAUUGAUCAGAGCAAUCAAAAAGGAAUUUCAAAACGUGGAACGUUUUUUUAAAGUCUCUCGAAAAUUGAUCGUAAUUGCUACGUGCAUCAUCUUCGAGGUUAGAAAAUAUAAUAUCGAGUAGCUCCUUUUUUGCUUACUUGAUCAUUUUUUUGAACAUUGCAGUAUUGUGCAGCUGUAAAAGGCUGAACAAAUUAAAUAAAAAUAAUUUAUUUUUGUUGUUUUUAGUCAUAGAUGUAUUCUACUAGGCCGUGAAUAAAAGCCUUCAAAGCUAAAAUGAACAGCCGCCUAUGGCAAACUAGAAGUCCGAACCUACAGGUGAUCUAGUUGAAAGCAUGGUCUUACGGUAUUUCGUUUCGUUCUUCUGAGCUUAGUUCAUCCAGUUGUGCCUUGACGAGCUCGAAGUGUAGCGGAUGUCAAACUAGAGCCCGGAGGCCGUGGUGGGAGCCUAAAAAUGAAAACGAUCACUUCGAGUGAAGAUUUUACAAGGAAUGGAGUUUUUAUACGGGAUCUUUGAAUAUUUGGGAAUUCAGAUUUAAAACUAAACAGCUAAUAACUUAGAAAGACCUAAAACAAGUGGAAUACUUUUGCGUAAGUUAAAUUUCUGAUAGGGGGACAGCAGAACAAUGGGGAAAAACUUCUGCGCAAACCCAACAAAUUUUCGAUUUUUUUGAUUUUUGUGAAUGUAUCCCAGACUUUGAAAGAAAUAUUGUACAAGUGCAAAAAAACAUACAAAAAGAGCAAGAAUGUUGUCUGGUCCAGGUCAAAUUAUAGUUCAUCGUUCUCAACCCCGUGUUUUGUAGCAAACAUCAAAUUCGUACUGAACUUGAUAUCGUCUGUAGUGCGGGCUUUGUUGAAGUUUUAGGGAGGUUUGAGGCCUCAAUUCAGUGGACAAAAAAAGCUCAAAAAAAGCACGCAUUCUAAAAAAUAGCCAAACUUUUUACAUAUUUGUACAAAUUUAUGUCUUCAGAGAAGAUUAUAUUCUAAAUCGUAGAAUAAUUGAAAAGUUGUUGGUCGAUUUGCGAAACUGGAGUGGAUAAUCUCGCCUUUCUUUUGAUAUCAGUAGUCGAAUGUUGAGCAUUCCAACGAUCAGCUUCUUCUCCAUGUAGAAACAAUUCGGGGCCCAGCUUGCCAAGGCGAGCGUCGGAUUCAAUCUCGCGCAAGAGCGGAAAAAGUUCAUUUUGUGGAACAAGAGCUUUUUUGAUUAUUCCAAUUUUUGCAGAUCAUCUAUGCAUGCGUGGUGUCGGUGAUCAUCACAGCGCCUCUGGUUGAAAUUCUCCUGAGUUAUUUGGCACCGAAACUCUUGAGACACGAUGUGUGCCAUACGGUAUGCAUUAUAAGUGUUGCACGAGUAACUGAACGUGUCACGGUUGCGAAGCGAUCCAGGAUACUUGUAAUUCAUUUUCACUUGUAUUUUUUAAUUUUCCAUGAGUGGGGCAGAACAAGGAGUUUAUAUUUCUCUGUCGCUAAGUAAUGACGUUUCGAUAAUUAAAAGAAGACUCUAUCUUGAACCAAACCGUGACACUAUGAACAACUAUUUUCAUUAUGAGUAAACAUAAUUUUUUUUCAGCUUUAUCUGGACCCUUCGGUGGGCUAUGCUCCAGCAAAAAGCAUAGACGAAGCCCCUGGGGAUGGUAACGUGACUUUCACACAAUUCCGCUCCAUCUACGUCCCUCAAUUGACUUCUCCAGGCACUGUCUACCCUCGAAACGGCGUGAAUGGAACUUAUAGAUAA